AUCAGCUACAGAACACUCACUUAUCUUUACAAUAUUGAUGAUUAUUCCAGAUGAUGAUAUGCUGUCUUGUUUGGAAGAACAAGAAUUCCCAUCUAUAACACCCUCAGCUGCCACAAGUGACUUAGCCUGUGCCUUGGAAGCAGCAAACAGCCUUUUGGAGGAGUGGCGUGUGAACAAGGCACCAUCAAAUCAAAAUUGGGAGCAGCGAAUAUCAAAUCUGAAUGAAAGCUGGGCAGGUGUUCGGCAAAAGUUAUUUAAUUCUGUUCUCUCCACUUCUGGAAUUCAUCCAGAAAGGAGCAUGUGCUGCAAAUGCUUGAAGAAUCCAGCUGUUAUUCACUGCUGCGAUUGUCACAUGCACAGACAAUUAUGUGGUGCUUGUGAUCAAUCUGUUCAUGAAAUACUACCAUUUCAUGAUCGCAGUGCAUUUAAAAGUAGAUUUCUUAAGCCAAUUCCACCCACUGUUUCAGUGGAUCAUAAGGGAGAGUGGGUCUCUGUAGAUCGUCACCUUCCAUUUUCAGAAAUGUGUUUAAUAUGUCCUUUUUGUAACAUCUGCAACAUGCAGAGAACAGGCAAAGAACAGUUGUGUAGUAGUUAAUCCACGGGGCAGAUUUGAUGUUAGCCAUGUUCUUCUCCAUUGCCUUCGGUGCAAUAAAGAUGUGCCAACAUCUAACCCACUCAUUAUUGCACAGCUUGGGUUUUGGCCAGGAAGUGUGAGCAGCCUGGCAUACGUGUUCGAUCCCAGGCUGUUCCUACACUGGGAUCUUUUCCAGAAAGAAAGUCCAGGUUCAUCAGAGAGGUCUUUCCUGAAGUCCCUAGAACAGUUUUCUUUACGGAAAGGAAGGGUUUGUAUGGAUUUCUUUCCCCCCCUUUUUUUUUUGGCGUUAGUAAU